AUGCUGUUGGAUACUGGUUCAGAGCUGACGUUUGCUACAAAUGACCUUGUGGGGAAGCUCGGCUUAUCGGUAUCUCCAGCUUUGCUACCGGUCGUUGGUAUUAGUGGAUCAAAGUCUUCAUCUAAUGGUUUUUCUCGAUUUUCUCUCAAGUCUCUGUAUUCAAGUAAUCAGAUUCUCAUCAAGGCCUAUGUACUCGAUCAUCUCACAUCUUCAUUGCCUUCGUUCACGGUCUCUCAAACUCAACAUUGGGAGCAUCUCAGAGGAUUGGAGUUAGCUGAUCCUGAUUAUCUGACGUCAAGACCUGUUGAUCUUCUCAUUGGCGCAGAUUUCUUUGGAUCGAUUGUGGAGCCGCAGGUUAUCAAGGGGCCGUCAGACUCCCCUAUAGCGAUGCUUACUCUCUUCGGGUGGGUGGUUCUCGGACCUACAUCCGCAGUGAUCCCCGCGGCAAGCUCAAAUCACGUCUCUGUCAGCAAUGAGGAACUUGGCGAUCUUCUCACCUCGUUCUGGCAGCAGGAGGAAGUCUCUAAAACUGAAGGCAAUGAUGGUGUUCUCACGAAGGAAGAGGCAGAUUGUGAGGAGUUCUUUCAGCGCACCCAUGUUCGAGAUCGCUCGGGGCGUUAUGUUGUUCGACUGCCUCUUGCUCGUUCUCCGUCAGAGCUCGGUGAUUCUCUAGGCCGCGCCAAGGCGUGUCUCUCGAGCCUGCUCAGGAGGUUGGGAAAGAAUCAGAAUUCUCUACAGCUUUACAGUGAUUUUCUCAAGGAGUAUGAAGAGUUGGGGCACAUGAGCAAGUACAUCUUUAUGACGGACAUCACGAAGAUGUUCCGUCAGAUCAAGGUGCAUCAGGAAGACUGGCCUCUUCAACAAAUUUUGUGGCGCGAUUCUCAGGGCCAGAUCAGCACCUACCAGCUCACCACUGUCACCUACGGGACCAAGUCUGCUCCAUUUCUCGCCUGUAGGGUUCUCGACCAGCUGGUCAAGGACGAGGGACAGCGAUUCCCUCUGCCUAUCUCACCGUUGACCAGUGGCAGCUAUGUGGAUGAUAUCUGUGGUAGAGCCGAGAAGGAAGAUGAUCUCCAUCUUGUAGCUCAGCAAGUGACGGAACUCUGCUGGGCCGGUGGAUUUCCUCUAGCGAAGUGGCACUCGAAUAGUCCGUCUCUACUUCGUUCUCUGACACCGGACGGUUUCUCUCAGAGUCUGAAGCCGCUAGAGGACUCCGUCACUAAGAUCCUUGGUCUGAAAUGGGAUCCCAACACAGAUCGAUUGAAGUUCUCUAUCCAUCUCUCAGCCGACACGAAGACAACGAAGAGGAUUAUUCUGUCCGAGAUUGCUCAACUCUUCGAUCCUCUAGGAUUGCUAUCACCGGUGGUGAUUCGUGCGAAAGCUCUACUCCAGCAACUCUGGUUGGAGAAAAAAGAUUGGGAUGAUGAGUUGUCCCCGCAUCUGGUCCAGAAAUGGGCUCAAUUUCGUGAAGAAUUGUCUCAAGUGGAACAACUCUCGAUCCCUCGUUGGCUGGGGUGUAGGAAGGAAUCUCAGGUGGAAAUCCAUGGCUUCUCAGAUGCGUCUCUACUAGCGAUGUCUGCGGUGGUUUAUUUGAAGGUGACGAGUGCGGAUGGUGUUAGCAUCUCUUUGGCUAUUGCUAAAACCAAGGUGGCUCCUCUCAAGAAGCUCACCAUUCCGCGUCUUGAGCUCAACGCCGCAGUCAUUCUAGCCAAGCUCACAAGGUCGUUAUUGUUCAGCUCAACCUUGGUACCGCUAUGGUGGAAGGAAUAUGUCCACAAUAGAGUAGCCAGCAUUCAGGAACUCGUGCAGGAAGCGAAUUGGAGGUACGUCAGUGGGAAGGAGAAUCCUGCUGAUUGUGCAUCUCGAGGCAUUUCGGUAGCUCAACUCAAUGCCCAUCAUUUGUGGUGGACGGGCCCAAAAUGGCUACGCAAGGAUUCUUCUCAAUGGCCGAAAGGGAGCGCAAGAUUGGACCCGUCAACAAAUCUCGAGGAGAAGCCUGGGGUGACUCUAACUGCUUCUCUCGCGAGGUCAAGUCUCUGGGAUCUUUGCACGCGAUAUUCCUCUCUCUACAAAUUGUUGCGAAUCACAGCAAUUUGUCAAACGGUUGCAGGGAAUAUGAUGCGGAAGUUGGGAAGGAAGAAGGCUGUUGUUGUCCCUGCAGUGUUUAGCCCUGAAAGCAUCGAGGCAGCUCGGCUUUAUUGGGUCAAGGCGACUCAAGCCUUUCAUCUCCAAGCCGAGUGUGACAUUAUCUCUCACGGAUUCCAACUGAAGAAGUCUCAUCCGUUGACCAAGCUCACGGCCUUCAUCGACCAACAGGGUGUUCUCAGAGUGGGCGGGCGUUUGAAGUUCUCAACUCUAGGACCAGAGAGUAGGCAUCAGGCGAUCAUCCCUAAAGGUUCCGCGCUCGCAGAGCUUGUCAUUAGGGACUCUCAUCAGCGAACGCUGCAUGGUGGAACUCAACUCACGUUGGCGCAUCUCAGGAGGGCUUACUGGAUUAUUGGACGUCGUCUACCAGUGAGAUCCUUCAUCCUCAAGUGCGUUGAAUGUGCGCGUCAUCGUGGGAUUCGAGCUCAACAGCUGAUGGGACAGCUUCCAGUGGCACGUCUUGUGUCGGAUCGGGCUUUCUCUAACACUGGUGUGGAUUAUGCCGGACCAGUGUCGCUCAAGACGUGGAAGGGGCGUGGUCACAAGACCCAGAAGGGCUGGUUGGUGAUUUUUGUGUGCAUGGCCACGUCCGCUCUCCAUCUGGAAGCUGUCACGGAUUACUCUGCUGAUGGGUUCAUCGCGGCCUACAGGAGGUUCGUAAGUCGUCGAGGGUACUGCAGACAUCUCUACAGUGAUUGUGGCACUAACUUUCUCGGUGCUGACAAGGAGCUGAAGAAGCUGUUCUCUGCUGGCGCCAAGGAAUUCCAGCAUCUCUCUGCAGUAUGUCUCAAGGAUGGAACGCGGUGGUCGUUCAAUCCUCCUGGAGCCCCUCAUUUCGGAGGAAAAUGGGAAGCAGCGGUAAAGUCGGUGAAGUAUCAUCUCGCUCGAACGGUUCGUGAUACAACUCUCACGUUCGAGGAACUUUCGACGCUGCUGACCCAGAUUGAAGCAGUUCUCAACUCCAGGCCUCUACAAGCGCUCUCGGAAGACCCUGAUGACUUGUCCUGCUUAACCCCAGGGCAUUUUCUCAUUGGAGAAGCUCCAAUAGCUCUUCCGGAGCCUUCUUUGGAUCAUCUCAACGUUGGACGGCUCUCUAGAUGGCAACUGAUUCAGCAGAGGCUGCAGUUCUUCUGGAAACAAUGGUCUACAGGGUAUCUGCAGCAGCUCCAGUCCAUCUCCAAGUGGCAUCAUCCGUCCAACGAAGUCAAAGUCGGCAGCCUGGCACUUCUCUACGACGAGCGGUUCCCGCCAUCGAAGUGGCCUCUUGCUCGUGUCACAGCUCUACAUCCUGGGAAGGACGGUCUCUCCAGAGUUGUGACAAUUAGGACCGCCUCGACGACGUUGACCAGGCCGAUCUCCAAACUGGUUCUAUUGCCGAUCUCUACCAGUUAG